CGACAUUUACACGAUGCUUAUAGUGUGGUGAUAUCGUUACGGUGUCGGGGAGUGUCUCCGCUGUUUUGCAAUACCAGAGAUUUGAUUUUGACAUAUAUCGUUGAGGUUGAAUGUGUUAAGAAAGGUACAAAAGUGAGAUUUUCUGACGGCGCACUUUGGCCUACUGCGGGAGGCUGCGAGCGGGAAAGUCACCCGAUUCCAUCGAACGAUCGCACUAUUUUGAUGAUGAUGAUGUUUGAAAUUAGCGCAUGCAAUUUUUCUCCGAUCACAUGCACGUAGCUGAAGGAUAGAUAUUAUGUCGUCGUGGGACUGGAUGGGCUCCCUAAGGGUGAGAGAGGGUCUGUGGGAACCAGCCUGAUGGACUGGUCGUAGGGUGCAGUCAGAGGCUAUGAGCAGCAACGAGUGUUUUGGUUGCGGCCGAACAGGCCACUGGAUCAAGAACUGUCCAAAUGCUGGGCGUGGACGUGGCAAGGGUCGUGGCAGGGGAAAAGAUCUUUUUUGUUAUCGUUGUGGAGAACCAGGACACGUUGCGAGGGACUGUGAGAGGACUGAGGAUGCAUGCUACAACUGUGGCAGGGGUGGCCACAUCUCCCGGGAUUGCAAAGAACCCAAGAAGGAGAGGGAGCAGGUCUGCUACAACUGUGGCAAGGCUGGCCACAUGGCUCGUGACUGUGACCAUGCCAAUGAGCAGAAGUGCUACUCCUGUGGUGGUUUUGGACACAUUCAGAAAGGCUGUGAGAAAGUCAAGUGCUACAGGUGCGGUGAGAUCGGCCAUGUUGCCGUACAGUGCAGCAAGGCAAGCGAGGUCAACUGCUACAACUGCGGAAAAUCUGGCCACGUGGCGAAAGAAUGCACCAUCGAGGCCACCGCUUAACCCUGUUUCCUUGCUCGCCCCUCCUUUUUCCGAUUGAUGGUUGUAUUAUUUUCUCGGAAUCCUCUUCACUGGCCAACGGUUGGCAGAUAGAGGCUAUUCCCAGGCCAGUGAGCUCUUGACAUGUAAAAGGAGGAAAGGGGUGGAAAAAACUUUCCACUUUCUACAUUUAAUACAAAAAAUUUUUUGUUUAGUUUGGUAGAGGUGUUAUGUAUAAUGCUUUGUUAAAGAACCCCCUUUCCAUGCCACUGGUGAACAGGGAUGUGUGAAUUGAGUGGACAGACAUUUGUCAGGUAGGCCUCUAGUGGCUCGUGGAAAGUAGCCUUGGAGAGAUCAAAGAAAGAAAAGAAAAAAACAGUAAUAAAAAAAGAUCCAUACAAAUCAAGGAAGUAUUAGCUUCUUAAUGAUUUGCAUUUUUUGUUUCAUCAAUGAGACUGAGUUAGCCUAUGAGUGAUUGACCUGGAAAAGCAGCACAGGACAUAAACUGUCAGGUCUAUCCAGGCCAAACCAGCAGUACGCAGCUAUGUGGAGAGAAAAAAAAAAACGUUAUGUGUAAUAUUACGCAAACAACUUUAUACCAUAUUCUGGAAAGAUUAUGUAAUAACAGUUUCUGAAAAUGAUAUCCUUUGUAAAACAUUGGUUGUUUGAUUGAGCAGCUAUUAUGAGCAGCUAUUAUGUUUAUAACCUAGUUAAUGAUCCCAAGAUUGGAAUGGAGUUUUGGUUGUUCUAUCCAAGGUAAAAACUUAAAUAAAAUAACAAUAAAACUUGAAAAAAACAAAAGUUCAUAAAACAGAUUUGGAGUUAGAAGAAAGGUGAAUUUUUCAAAGAAAUCAAAAUGUUAUUUUUGUACACUUU